UGGACGCGCUGGCGGAUGAUUGAUGCGAAUAUUGCGUAUACGUCGUGUGGAGCGGCUUGAAAACAACAAAUAACAACAACAGCAGGAGCGGCAGGUGAGAAAGGCGACGAAUCAGGGACCUGAAAAUUAAGCCAAAGUUGAAGAGCGAGAGUAACAGACACCGCCAGCGGGCGGUCCGAAAAGCCAACUUCAUUUACGUUUGAAACGCAGUUGAAAUAAACGACUUCACGACACUGGCGGAUUUGCUAAAAAACAUCCAAUCCCUGUGGCUAACGAGCUGGCUCAGCUCUGGUAGCGGGAGGACCAAGCGUUCGAACAGCCUUGCAGGCGGCGGAGGAGUAGGACACGGAAUUGGAACCGGAAUCGCUGGCCAGGAGAAGCGCUCAGUCAACGUUUACACGCUCCAGCAGCCGCAUAAAUUUCCGCUUCAAUUGGACGUGUGCGGCGGUGGUAAUUGCAGCUUUGAUUGCCACCAAAGGCAACGGGAGCAGCAGCACCGGGAGCAACAGGAGCUGGACAGGAUCCCAGCCGCAUCCCUGACCUGGUCCCAGCGACAGCAACGCCAGCUGCGUCAGAGCUGUGACGAAACCAAAUUCAUUGAAAGUUCAAUGGCCCAAACAAUGGACGACAUGGUAUUCCAGUGCAACAAUCAAAAUUCGAUUUAUGUCCUUAAUGCCAGCUAUGGUGCAUAUGGGGACUAUGGCACAUAUGCGGCAACAAAGCGUGAAAUAAAUGGCAGCCAGGGCAGAGCGGCAAAUCCAAUUGAGGCAACUUGCUCCAGUGGGGGAGUCGUCCUGCAGCAUAAAUUCAAAACUUUUGGCACUGCCACAACAGCAGCAACAGCGGCAGCAACAACAACGGAAGGAGGAGUGGAUGUGGCAGCGGGAAACGCAUCAAACUACGUAAAUCCUGUCGCUACAUCAAUGUCAACCGCAAUGUGUUCACCGGCAACAGCGGCCCUGCAAAAAUUGUUCAAUUGCAGCGUUGGCAGCGCCUGCCACACUGUCACCCAAACUCAUGGCCAAGCCCUGGGCCAAAUCCAGGACCACAGCCACAUCACCAGCCACCACAGCAUCAGCAGCAGCAGCAAUAACAAUGCCCCUGCUGGCAGCCACAACAAUAGCUGCCUGUCAGCGGCAGCCGGAGUAACCCAAAACGGCCGGAAUCGUAGCCGGAGUGGCGGCGAGUCCCUGGAUGGCCCAGCGGGAGCAGGAGCAGGAGUAGGAGCUGGCGCCGCCGGUGGCCUCCCACUGCUGCCGAAGAAGAAAUGCACCAAUGUCAAAUCAGCGCUUAUUGCCAAGAAGACAAAGUUUCUGAAAUAUCUCGAAGAAGAAAAAUGGCGCAGCAACGCAGAGGCAGCCUCAGCAGCAGCAGCAGCUGAAGAUGCGGGCGCCAUCAGCAAUGAGGCGGAGCCACCCAACAACAAUGGCGGCAACUUGAAAAAUCAGAGCAACAGUCGGGAGGCUGCGAAUCGAGGCGGAAGUGGAUAUGGCAGUGGCAGUGGCAGUGGAAGUGGAAGUGGCAGCGAGCAGCGGCAGCUGAAUAAAUUGAGCAACUGGAGCAUGCAUAAUGAGGACAACAGCACCAGCACAGCACCGACAGCACUGACCACCAGCCAGGACCAGCAGCCGGGGAAAUCCAGUUUCGAGCUCUACCAGGAGGCAGCCGACAUAUUGGGCCUGAGUUGCAGCCUCUGUGAUAAUUGCCGAUGCCUGGACUGCCAGAGUGGUUACUUUGACUGCGAUGACGACGAUGAGAGCUACUCGGAGCAAUCGCUGAUGGACGACGAGUAUGAGUUUGAGUUCGACUGCACCGCCGAGGAGCUACAAGCGGUGCUCGCUGGCCGGGAUAGGGAGCUGGAGGCUUGCUGCCCCGUUUCCCAUUUGCGCCACAAUGGGGCUUCCCCGGACACGGACACGUCACACACGCAAACGGAAUCUGUCGGACAUCGGUUGGCCAUCGAUUUUGAUUUAAUUAACGCCACUUGCAGCCAAGUUCUGCAAAACUGUGAAACAUUCAAUGAAUUGAGUCUGCUAGAUGCCGCAGCCGCCGCCGGAGCUGAGCGUUCGUACACGUAAAUCCAGGUAACGAGAGCUGGAGAGGAAGGGGAACAGUAGGAGGAGACCCAAUCAGGAAUCGGACACUGCGGCUAAUUAAAGUUUAACAUUCCGGCAAAGUCCAUUAAUUGCAAGUGACACCUUCGGACAGCGGCUGUCACCCAGCACUCGCCCAAGGUCUAUUUGCGUUUCAUUUAUCUUUCUGAUUUGAUUUCAAUUAAGUUCCGAUACAAAUAGUAUAAAAUCGAAGGACAUGCUUCCCGCUGCCAUAUAUCCUAUAUACAAAUAUGCAAUCUACACUCCUCUGAACAAACACACCCGCUCUGGACAUUAUGCAAACUCGAAUGGUGCGCGUGACGAAAUAAAUAAAUUAAUUGCGAAUUGUUAUUUUCCAAUCGAGACGGCGGAAAUUCAAUUGCUGGCUGGAAAAUAGGAAACAUUUUCAGUGAUUAUUAUCAGUAAAUAUGAUGCCACACAUGCAGAAACAAUGAAAAACAAUUGUGCCAAUUUCGUAUUCAUAUUGGAAUAUGAAUUGCAAACCAAAUAAUAAAAACGGAAAUAAAAAUCCAAAGGGGGAUUAUUUAGCCCGUAAUCUGAUAAACAAAGAAAAACAAAAUGGAACCGAAAACUAUUUGCAAAUUCAAUAAAAUAUUUAUCUCAAUGUAAAGGUUCGGUGUUGGUAGCGCUUAAGUAUUUAAGAAUUUUCGUGUGAUGCUUUUCAUUCGUUCGAUUGAUUUCAAAUCAAAAAGAAACAUUGGAAAUAUAUAAGCAUAUAUAUA